GUGUCGCGGCGCCCGCUUCAAUUUUGUCCCUUGGAGAAGUGUCACAGCGGAAUCAAAUCGGUCACACUCAGAAGACGUGUUUGUGCGCUGAGGCCUUGAAAUGUGUGGGAAGAGAGCAAAGGGUCGCAUCAGUCGGUUCUGAGGGAACAAGUCUGAGCUGUUUUGGAUUUGAAGCCUUAUCAAAGGUGGACCUUUGCCCGUCAGAGCUGCACUCGUGUUGACUUAGGCCUGUGUCAGAGCUGAAGGCCGCGUAGACGGACUGGUCCCAGUUAUCACGUGAUGAGUCUAAAGAGUGACUCCAAACUCUCAAAGUGAACAUGAAGGAAGAAAAUGAAGAGUGGAGGAAAACCGGAGAACCGGAAUUUGGACCGCGAUAAAGAGAAAUGUCCGGCAUUUGAAUAUGUUCUGUCCAGGAUCCUCCUCCUCCGUUAGCGGCUCACAAAGCGUCUCCUACGCGACGCUUCCGCCGCUCGGACGGCGUCUCGGACGCGAACGAGGCCAUUCGUCUUUCAUGCGACAACAGUUGGUGGCGAUUAAUAAUAGCAGCACUUUUGUGUCGCCGGGACACUUUCUCGUGGAGCGUUCUGCUGGGGAAGAUAAGCAUCUGCAGCCCCUCCUUCAUGAAGACGGAAGAGGGGAUGCUGGACGUGCGUGUCAUCACUGACUGGGUUGUGCACGUGGAAGACAGUGGAGAACGCUUGUAGAUAAAGCUCAUACAUUCACCAAGAGGCUUCCAUAAUUGCAGCCUGGGCUCGAUUUUCCCCUUUCUGCCCAUAUGAAGGAACCACACAAGGGCGGUGGGAGCGCUCAGUCGUGCGUCGCGCCGCUCUGACCGUCUCCUCGCAAGGGAUUCGGUGCCACGACUUGCGCGCGAGACGCAGCGCCACCGCGAGCGCACGCCGCGCUCCCGUCUUUCCGGUUUUGGACCCGCAUCCGCUGGGCAGGAGCGGCAUCGUUCUGGUGAGGGGAGGGCGCGAGGAUGACUUGAGACGCGCGACACGGCCACCGGUUCCGGCGAAGGCGGGCGAGCGGAGCGCGUCGAACGCCGGCGCCGCGCGUAACGCGGUUGGAGCAGGUGGACGGAGAGCCGCGCGGGAUGCAGCUUUCCAGCAGGAACGCGCCGCGACGCAGCGGCGGCACUCCGCGUUUGCGCCGUCGGACAGUUCACCACGACAGGCUUCAUAUGACGAGCGAGUUUUCAAUAUAAAAAUCUUUCUUGGUAUCUCACUUCUUCUUACAGCUGGGAUGUGAUACUUGUUCCACAUCCCCAAAAAUCCCCACUCACCCCAAUCCCCCAAAUCCCAAAGCUUCAAAUGUCCUUAUCUUAAAACUUAACCCCCCAAAGCCAUUUUCACAAAACUGUUUAAAGUACACAACACUGACCCCAAACCCCUCGAUAAGACCGUGCCUCUCAUAUCUCGGCUUCUGUAGACGUGUGGAGCCCUUUAAUCCCACCAUGGCCUUAGACCAGUGGCCCUUCCUCCUGAGCCCCCCCAACACCUCCGUCCCCGAGCCCCUUCUGUACGACGGCUACGUCCAGGGGAACGAGUCCGACCUGGACCUGAACAUUUCCAAGGCCAAGGCGCAGGAGCACCAGGACGCCACCAGCUCCGUGGUCAUCACCUUCAUCUACUUCAUGGUGUGCGCCGUGGGGCUCUGUGGCAACGCGCUGGUCAUCUACGUCAUCCUGCGCUACGCCAAGAUGAAGACGGUGACCAACAUCUACAUCCUGAACCUGGCGGUGGCCGACGUCCUGUGCAUGAUGAGCCUGCCCUUCAUCGCCUUGCAGCUGGCGCUGGUGCACUGGCCCUUUGGGGAAGCCCUGUGCCGGGUGAUCAUGACUGUGGACUCUCUCAAUCAGUUCACCAGCAUCUUCUGCCUGAUGGUGAUGAGCAUCGACCGGUACCUGGCCGUGGUCCACCCCAUUAAGUCCACGAAAUGGCGGAAGCCCCGCGUGGCCAAGCUGAUCAACCUGACGGUGUGGGGGGUGUCGCUGCUGGUCAUCCUGCCCACCAUGAUCUUCAGCGGCCUGGACAAGGUCCCGGUGUGCGGCAUCGUGUGGCCGGAGCCCCAGGACGUCUACUACACGGCCUUCAUCUUCUACACGUUCUUCAUCGGGUUCUUCCUGCCGCUGUCGGUCAUAUGCCUGUGCUACCUGCUCAUCAUCGUCAAGGUGAAGUCGUCCGGCAUCAGGGUGUGCUCGUCCAAGCGCAAGCGCUCCGAGCGCAAGGUGACGCGCAUGGUGUCCAUCGUGGUGGCCGUGUUCGUGCUCUGCUGGCUGCCGUUCUACGCCUUCAACGUCACCUCCGUCACGGGCUCCAUCAACCCCACGUCCGCCGUCAAGAGCACCUUCGACUUCGUGGUGGUGCUGGGCUACGCCAACAGCUGCGCCAACCCCAUCCUGUACGCGUUCCUGUCGGACAACUUCAAGAAGAGCUUUCAGAACGUGCUGUGCCUGAAGAAGGUGGCAGGCCUGGACGAGGCGGAGCGCAGCGACAGCCGCGCCGACCGGAGCCGCAUGGCCAACGACACCGCCGUCCUCAGCGCCACGCUGGAGGCGCACAACGCCGCGCUGCUCAACGGGGAGCUGCAAACCAGCAUCUGAGGGGGGAGGGGGUGACCCCUGCUAGCGACCCCCCCAUGCUCCAACAUGUGGGGGCAGGAGGAUGAUGUAAUGCUGCUCACGGACACUGACACGAGCAAAGUCCAGAGAAAAGCAAACGGGUUGCGGGGACGUUUGCAGGUCACUGAUCCUGACUGGCAUCUAUUUAGAUUUAAAGAGGCUGGUCGGACCUGAUGCUGAGAACACAACGCAGCCCUUUACGCUCCACACCCUGGACCCCGCUGUACAUUUGCCCCGUCGCUCGUGGAAUUAAAAAGGUUUGACUCCGGGUUCUCUACAUGUGGAAAUACGGCCGAGGAAGUCGGACAGUUCUCCAGAACCAUAUAGACAUUCAGUUGGUCUUACAGGAGGCCGGCCUAUGUCUCCGUUGGAGGAUUGAUUUGAUCUGUGAACCCUUCAAUUGAGCAUCUUGGAUUAUUGAUUAUGUAGGAACCUCCGCAGCUUCUUGCGGAACGCUUUCACGUUGUAAAAAUUGAGUUUUCAAAUGCAGAGGCCUGCUGUAAAAAUCUGCGUCACUGACGUGACCGGUGUUUGACAAAUCAACCCGUGAGCGUCUUUUAACAGUCACUGUCAUUUGUGCCAACAGUCCACAAUCCGUUUGGGCGCCGUGUGUGUGUUUUUUUCCUGACAUCUUCUUAAUGUGUGGCUACUGCCCUCGGCUUCGCGUUCCGGCUGAUGUCUGCAUGUCACAGCCAACGGGGGGAAAAUGUGUCAAUUAGGCAGCGAGACGGGGAGCGAGCGGGAACACAGAGGAAGCGGAACGAGCUGGAGAACCUGCAUGAAUACUGGAGAAAGGAAGAGAUCAGUGUGUGUGUGUGUUCUGCGUCAUAUUUACUCCCUAUGUAAGAUUAUUUCUAUGGGAGGCCACCAGUUCUCAGAAUGUAUCUGCACGCUUAAAAGGUGAAUUAGGUCAGAUUAUUGCAUUUCCAUACAAAAAGUAUCUAUGAUCCAUUAUUCAUGUUUGAAUUAAUCUAGUAGUAGCAGCAACGUAAUAAUGUUUCGCAAUGACUCGGUUUAGGGGAGUUUCACUCGAAGCUUUUCUAGGUAAGUAUCUCUUAAACCCACUUUCGUUUUAUUAGGCUUUAGUAUCAUCAGGUUGUUGAGUGUCUCGUGCUGUGAUCUGCUAACACACCCUUCAGCUGGCUUCCACGUCCUGUCGCCUCGCGGACAUCGAGCCAAUAGCGCGCAUCGACUUCUUCUUCUUCUUCUUCUUCUUCUUCUUCUUCUUCUUCUUCUUCUUCUUCUUCUUCUUCUUCUUCUUCUCGUUUCUGCGCUGGGAUAUCGGUCAACUCAGCGGCCAUCGAUCACUGCGAUCAGGCGGAAGAUCACACGAGGAAGAGGAAGCAGAGCAGACGGGCUCCUGGGGAAAAGCAUCACACACACACACGCACACGCACACACACACUGUACAUCCCAUUCUCUCUCUCUCUCUCUCUCUCUCUCUCCCGCUGUACGCGCACCCCCGAUGUAAUUAAUGGACCGCGGAUCUCUAAUAGACGAGGCUGUUUGCGCCAAAUCCAGUGUCACUGUAGCGCGCGGCAUCCUGUAGUAGCUGCUCUCGUUGUAAAAAAGAAUAACCACUGAGCGUUUCUCAGAUGACGCGCGUGGUGCGUGUUUGCGUGCGCCGCCGCGGCUGUCUCCUUUCGCCACUGUACAGUGUACAGCCGCGGGGAGAGAACCCGGGGGACGGAGACCCCCCGGGCUUCCUCUUCUCCUCGUUGAUUUCAUUUGUGAAGGGCUAGAACGCGCACACCCGAGGGUGCGCCGUUCGACGCGGGCACGCGCUCCGCCUGCGUCACACGCGUCCGUGCUGGACGACGGUUCAGUCGCGCUGACCUCAAUCGACAAGUUUCCGGCGAGUUCAUUGCGACACACGCGCUUGUUGUUGACGUACUUUGUGUAAAUUUACUUUUAUCGAUGUGCCUUGAAACUGAAAAUAAAAACCAUGUUUGACAGUAUUUCAACCCGUUCGACCAAACGACCAAAGGCCUUUGUACAGCACGGACUGGUUGGGAACCAAAACACAAGAGGCUUGCUUCAGUAUGUGUCAAUUCAACUCCACUGUUGGUGUGAUAAUAAUUAACACUAAUGUCUAAAGCAGAUGUUUAUUUGUGAUGUUGCAUAGACUAUGAUGUGAUCACUGAUUGUACUGGGGAGUGUCCUCGUCUCAGUGUCCAUUAAAGUGCAGGUUUCUGCUGCCGUGGUCUAA